AUGCCUAACAAUUGGGGCGAGUUUGCACCUGCACAAGGUGUAUUUUACAGUGUUUUCCAUCCUACAGAGGGUACCAAGGUCAAGCACGAGUUUCCUCCGGGCUGCUUAGCUGACAGCGAUAUCAAUUUCAGCACCAUCAAAAACUAUGUGAUUCCCAAACCUCAGCUUUGCAACAAGUUAUUGACGUUCAAGUAUGGUACAUCGAGACUGGUGUGCUAUCCUGUGAAUGUGGCUGCACCUUACUAUGCAAGAAACUCGUUCAGUUUUGAUUUUGUCUUCAUCUUUCCUUAUGACUGCGUCACGUCGCCUUAUGAGCCGUCCAUCGAAAGAUUAGGUAAAAUGUUCACGGUGCUGGAAGAGCAAUCCCAAGUUUUGUCAAAAGCCGAAAACAGCAGUGUUUUCUUCCAGUUGAAGGCUGGCGAUGCACUUCAGCGAUCCAAACAGGAAACUUCGCCUGGAAGCACAGAAAAACCAGGUGUGCUGGGAAUGGGGCUCGAUGGUAAUGAGCCACACGACCAAGACUACGCAUUCGAGAAAUACCAGGAGAUUUUGAAAGAUUUGGACGGGCCUGGAAAACGGCUUGCGGUCGACGAUUUGAUAACAAAAAUAUUUCAAGAUUUGAAUAACUAUUCUGAGUGCUUGAUCCCGAUUGACUCUGGAAAUGCCGUGGACAUAAAAUUGUUUCCCUUGUUGCAACCGCCAACUUCGAACUUGUCGUUUGAAGACGUGCCUAUCUCUACAGUCAAUUUGGCUAAACUGAUAGAUGCUAGCUGGGAUCCUACUAUGCUCAGAAUUGUUCCCUACAUAAAUGGGAUCAAUAGCAUUUCCAAAAUCAGCCGGUUGAGUGACAGUGACGUUGGUUUAGUGACGGAAUGCAUUAAACAUUUCAUUUACUAUAACUGCGUUAUAUUAGCCGAUAUUUUCCAGUUCAGCAAUAUCUAUGCUCCAACAAGCACAUUGGGCAGCUUUCUAAUUGAUCCAUCAUUGGCGACCGCUUGCCAAUCUUAUGUCACGUUCAAAGAUGCAACGCAUAUCCCGUCUCUUCCAUUCGAUAAGAGAAUACCACGCCUCAGCAAUAGCUAUUCAAGAACCCACAACGGAAGCGAAACAUUAGAAAAUUUACGCAAGGGGCGCUUCUAUGCCCCCAAGAGUGAAUCCGCAUCUUCAGCAAUUGACUUCUCCGUAAAUGCUCAUUACAGUACUCCUCCGUCACACGAAUCUUCCAUUCGAUACCCAAGCGGCGAUGCACUCAAUUCGUAUCCCAUAAACAGAGGACUGAAAGAAGGUGAUCUUCCAUUUCCAUCAAAAUCAUGUCUUUUUGACCUCUAUAGGUCAUUGACUCAAGGUCAAAGCGUCAAAGAAUGGUACAAAAUACAUGCCGAAAAGAUUCGUGCGGCUAGAAUUGACGUUAGACGACUUAUUACUUUUGGUACUGUUCAUGGAUUGCUUUAUCGAUGCAGUUCUUUCCCAAUCAUGAAAAACGCCAGCCUUUUUGAUGCCCUUGGCCCUCUAGAUCAACCUAGGGACUCUAACUUAGUGGGCAGUGAAUGGGUCACGAAAAAGGGUGGGUUGAACAAUUUACUCUCUGCCGCAGAUAUAAAGGUGGGCAUCGACAGCGAGUUUACGCGGAAGACGCGCAAUCAUUUUACUAAUACUGAUGCUGCCGAAGAGGCUUUGAACGAUGUCUAUCGUAAACUUGCUAUCAAGGAUACCCCAGACCCGCUUGCCAAAAACCCUAUGAACACCUUUUUCUUUGGAGAACACAGCAGAUCCUCUAUGGAUAGGUCAACAAAAGGAAGCUUGAGCGCAGCUGGUUCUGACGCUUUGAGCAGGGACGCCUCAGAAAUCAGAAGGCCCGUCACGCCUGCUUCGCAAGACGAAAGAAAGAGAAACGACGUCUAUCAAUCAAUUGUCACUCGGAGAAACGAAGAGCUGAUUCUACUCAAGGCUGUUCGUGAUGUCGACAGCUUCGAUAAAAUAUGCUCGCGCUUAGAAAAGGGCCGUGAAGAAAUCGAGGGCAUGCUCAGAGAUCUGGGACCUUACAAUGUUGUCAACACAUGA